CUUGUGUCGGCGCCGAUUUCUUUACAUUGGCUUUGGACCACGAAUAACCCUGAAUUUUCAACAACAACUUAUUCGCAGAAUGACGAAAGUGCUAGAGUGGAGUUUGUCAAGCAAAAAUCACUUGAAAUGUGUCAUGAUUGGUACAAUGAGGAUGGUGCCCAAUGGAAUUUCAUCCGCGACACAGAAACGAAUUCCUCAUGUCCAUGCAUAGAGAAGCAGGCAAUGGCCGAUUUGGGUCGUUUCAUGCCACAUCCCAGAUGCUCACAAGCAUUCCGUGAUAUCACCUGUACAGCAGCUAUUGGAGCAAGAAAUUGUUAUAUGUCAGCUCAAAAUAUUUACGGAUCAUAUGCUGGAUCAGGACGGGGAUUUGAAAGCGAGCAUACAGCGUUAGUAAUGCUAACUUUUUUCAAAAAAGUAUCUGCUAUGAAGCAACCAUUUGUAGGCCAAUUUUUCAUAAUUAACACACUUUGUAACGUGUGAUACUCAGAUCCUAAUGAGUGA